GAACGCCAAGCGCACCACGCACUUCCCGAUUCCCCAUUCUCUUCCUCCUCAAGUCAGACUAUAAAUUUUGGAGAUCUGAGGUUUUCUUCUCCAUCCAAAACCCCCCUUUUUCCCCAUUUAAUGCCCCCAAAUCUCUCUCUCCUGGCGCAGCGAGUCAGCGGAGGAGUCGGUCGCCGCCCCCCUCUCCGCAAUCCUCUGCAAAAUCCUUCCUUUUUUGCCCCCCUCCGAUCUCCGCCGCAUUAAUUGCCCGCUUUCCUCGCGAUCAUCGUCUCCGCUGAUCCGCUGAUAAUGGUGCUGCGCGUGCCCUCUGCCGACAAGGUGAUCUCCGCCCGAGCCCCCCUCGCUGCUGCUGCUGCUGCUGUUGCUGCUGCGCAUCAUGUCAGCGCGCGCCUUUUGCAGAAGGAAAGGUCGCGGCUUUCGCUCUGCUUGUGCGCCCUUUGAAGCUUCGUUGUGAAAUCGGGAGCUGUUGCUCGAGAUGGAGGUGGAUGGUGAAAAGAUGCAAGAUGAGGAGGGGCUGCUGUCUUCGGAGAUUAAGAAACAACGGAAGAAUCCGUCUCAGGUCCAGAUCCUUGAGAACGCGUAUGCAGCGGCGUCGAAUCCAUCUGCUGCCGCCAAGGAAGACUUGGCCAAGUUGACUGGGUUGGACUACAAGCAAGUCCAAUAUUGGUUCGGCAAUCGCAGAUACAUGGACAGACAUGGCCCUCGGAGGUACAGAUCCAGAUUUGAGGGUGAAGAGAGAUGCAUGAAUACGGAUGGUUUUUGCAGUCCCAGCUUGAGUUACAACUCAAUGUCAUUUGCUGACUCCAUGGCUGGAACUGAAUCCUCAACUUGUAGGAAAUCUGAGAUGAUGCAACCGUUGAUGGCCGCAGGUCCAGUGGUGAUGUCAGUCGAUUUUGGCACACAUUUGCCACGAGAGCUGCAAAUGAUCGUUCUACACGUUGAGAAAAAGCUAGGGCAGCCUGUGAGAAGCGAUGGACCAAUUCUUGGUGUUGAGUUUAAGCCUUUACCACCUGGUGCUUUUGAAGCUCCAUUAGCACAGCAUAGGGUGCCACAGCAGUCUUGUGAUGGAAAAGUAUCUGAAAGACAAACUAUGAAAUCAGUCAAGCCGCACACUUCCUUGCCCACUUCUGAUUGUUGUCUAGGGACAAACUUGUCUGAUGGUGCAACACUGGUCAGUCAAGAUGUUGAUGCACUUAACCUUGAUGGUUCUCCCAGGGAUCUCCAGGAAUAUCAGUUUUUUCCAAUACAACCGAGCUGGAUAAAUAGUAAUGGAAGGGUGAAGAAGGCUUGCCUUUUAUCUUCAGUAAAUGAUUCAUUUUGUGAGGUGCCACAACCAUCUUCUGGAGGACAGAAUUUCACUGAAUAUGGAUAUGCAUCUUCAGCAUCUCCUUGUCAAGGUCAGCAAGUAAAUGGUACCAAUCAAUGUCCAAGAGACAAGAGAAUGAGCAUUUCUUCAGAUUUAAGUGGCAAGCCAAAAGCCCCAAAUCUACUGUAUGCAACAAGUACUGCUUUUGAUCUUCAGUCCAGGAAUCAUCAUUCUAUGCAAGUGGACAAUCAGCUUCUAUCAUCUGACAAAAUGAUUACCUGCCAUCCCAAUGAGUGCACAAGGGAGAAGAUACAAUUAUCGGUAUCUACUGGUAGCAAUGAUAACCUGCAGCAUGAUUGUACAAAAACUCAUACAAUGAUUGAUUCUAAGAAAGAAAGGGAUUCAAGUGUUGCUGAUGUUGGACUUACCAAGUUAAGACAAGAGGAUCAUGGUCAAAGUGGAGAUGAUACUAGUGACCUUCAGAAGGGAAGAAGAGAAUAUCAAAACUCUACUGUAGUAGUUUUUGAGGAAGCAGACAACGGGAAAUGUAAAAAGCGCAUGCAGGUUGGUUGUCGACGUGCAUAUGGUCGUUAUUUUGUGAAGCCUCGAGCAACACCAAAAAGCAGUAAUAUAAUUGAAGGAGAUUCAAGGAUGAGCUAUUUCAGCAAUAAUUGUGCCAGAACUCUCAUUGCUGAAUGGAUUGAACGAGAAAAAAAGGCGGUCUAUCUUGAACAUGACAAUGAGAAUGCUCUCUCAUGGUCCACUGGAUCUGAUUCAACUUGUAGUGAAGGAUUUGAUGAUCUGGUAACUGAAAUUGGAAACUGUGAUGCCCAGAUCAAAUCUGCUGAUCAUUGUGUCAUGUAUACAAAAGGGGAUGCUGUACACAAGAAUCAGAAUGGGCGGGAAGUCAUGGAUGUUGAUCAGAAUAUCAUGGAUGAUGAGGAUGGUACCGAUGAGGAAGGCUAUAAUGAAAUGAAAGAGGAUGCUGGGUUCAAGAAUACGGCUUCACCUCUCUCUUCAGAGCAGACUGUUUAGCAUGCACAUGCAAAUCUGUAAAUAUGGAAAAACCCAUUGCAUUGAAUUGCUAUUGCCUUUGGUCUUUUUCUUGAAUUCUUGUUUUCUGGACGGCUAUGGUGCUGUCUACUUGCUCGAACUGCUUUAUAUUGAAGAGGAAGGAAAUAUAGUUUGGUCAAAGGGACAUUCAGCAAUUGCUUUGCUCUAGCAGCUGGUUAGUAUUCUACCUUGGAAGCUAUUUCUGGUAUCAGUGUCAAAGUAGCCAAAGGUAUUGUAGCUUGUACAGAUUACGGUUCUGUUAUUCUCAUCGCGUGAAACUAUUCCGCUAUGCUGUUGAAUAGCUUUCUUAUGGUGCUUCUAACAGCAAGCAUUGAUAACCUUAUGCAUAGGCAUUGCCUUCUUUGGUCAAGGAAGACACAGCAGCAUGUACACAGAAAUGUAUCCUCAUGUGAGGGAAGAUCGACCAAUUGUGUAUGUAUCAGGUUUGCAUUAAGAUUAAGGAAAUUCUGACUAAAUAAAUCUCACAUAGCCAGUCAGCAGCUAACUUUUUAUAUCAAGGAUAUGCUUCCCAUGGUAUUAUGAUUUAAUUAUUCGGGAAGAGACUCCAUCCUUAUUAAAGUUAAAAUGAGCCUGCAACUUCAACUAGAAUGUCUAAGGGGCAGCAUUCUCCACUCUCUCCUUGUAAGGCCACGAAGAAGAUGAGAUUUCAAAAUGAUAUAGUGGUACCACGAGAUUGUGAUUGCUCAGUGUCUCGGUAUGAAAGAUUUUAGACACCAUGUCACUUUCACGAACACCAUGUCAACAAUUUGUAAUCGGUUGAUACAUUGUACCAGUAAAUUAUGCUUACUAACUUGAUUUCUUCUUGUGUAUGUAAUAUCAGUUGAGUCGA